AUGGACAGAAGCAAAAUCCAUCCUUGCAUCAAGCUCAACAAAGCCAUGACUCUGCUUGAUCUAAAUAUUUCUUUUUUCCUUUUAACAGGCCAAAAGAAGAGGCGCAUUGCACAUACUCAGCUGAAUCGAGAAUCUAGUCGUUCACACAGUGUGUUUCUAAUUAAACUGGCUCAGGCCCCUCUCAAUGCAGACGGAGAUAAUGUUCUGCAGGAGAGAGAGUUAAUAUCUUUGAGCCAGUUAUCACUGGUUGACCUAGCAGGAAGUGAGAGAACAAACAGAACCAAAGCUGAAGGAAACAGACUCCGUGAAGCAGGUAACAUCAAUCAAUCACUGAUGACGCUGAGAACUUGUAUUGAAGCUCUGAGAGAGAACCAAACUUACGGGACCAGUAAGAUGGUCCCUUACCGAGACUCCAAACUGACUCAUCUUUUUAAGAACUAUUUUGAUGGUGAGGGUAAAGUGCGUAUGAUUGUCUGCGUGAAUCCAAAGGCAGAAGACUAUGACGAGAGUUUGCAAGUCAUGCGAUUUGCAGAAAUCACCCAAGAAGUGGAAGUUGCAAGACCUGCUGACAAGCCUCUGUGUGGACUAACUCCUGGUCGGCGAUUCAAGAACCAGGCUUUCAGAGAGGAGCUCUCCCGGCAACUGGAAAUCCGAGGUGGACCAGUUGAUGGAGACAGAGGCCCCUUGGCUAGAGAGCUGCUCCUGCAGAGCUUCCCUCCAGUGCCUUCCUGUGAACUUCUGGACAUCAAUGACGAUCAGACCCUGCCUCGGCUGAUUGAAGUGCUUGAAAAACGGCACCACAUCCGGCAAAAGCUGUCAGAAGAGUUUGCCAAAAAUGUCCUAUAUGUAAAGAACAUGUUGCAAGAACUUGAUGCCAAUGUUGUAUCCAAAGAGAACUUUGCACAAGUGAAAAUAGCUGAAAGAGACAAAAUCAUAACAGGACAAAAAACUGAGAUUGAGCGGCUAGAGAAGAAAGCAAAAACUCUGGAAUAUAAGAUUGACAUCCUGGAGAAAACAACAGCAAUUUAUGAAGAAGAGAAACGCAACUUGCAUCAGGAAUUAGAAAGCAAGAGUCAAAAGCUGCAGCGUCAAGUUUCAGACAAGCGUAGACUAGAAGCUCGUUUACAGGGCAUGGUGACAGAGACGACAAUGAAAUGGGAGAAGGAAUGUGAGCGGCGUGUGGCAGCCAAGCAGCUUGAGAUGCAGAAUAAACUUUGGGUGAAAGAUGAGAAACUAAAGCAGCUAAAAGCCAUUGUCACGGAACCUAAGGGUAACAAACCUGAGCGACCUUCACGAGAAAAGGAUCGGGAGAAAGCUCUGCAAAGAUCGUUGUCGCCUCCCCCAGUGCCUUUUUCUAGUAACUGUAUCACUCACCUGCCUAACAACCAUGAUCUGCCUGCCAGAAGCCAGCCACAGCUGCACAGGCGUUCCAAUUCUUGUAGCAGCAUUUCGGUGGCUUCCUGCAUCUCGGAGUGGGAGCAGAGAACACCUACACAGCACAGCAAGCCUCCUGGCAGGGGUGACAAUGGCCUCCCCAGAGCCAGAAGUAGACUCCAGGAGCCAGAGCAAGCCAGGCCCUGGGUUAUGUCCGAGAGAAGGCGGGGCAUGUGCUGGACAGGAGUCCUGGCAGCCUCCAGCACUAGAGGGCCCCUAGAGCUAGAAGAGGACUUGUGCUGCAGGAACGCUCCUCCUGUUCGCCUUCGCCACAGGCGCUCUCGCUCAGCAGGGGAGAGGUGGGUGGACCAUAAACCUCCUUCCAAUGUCCAGACUGAGACAGUCAUGCAGCCACAUGUCCCCCAUGCCAUCAUGGUAACCUCUGCAAAUGAGAAGGCACUGGCAAAGUGUGACAAGUACAUGUUGACUCACCAGGAGCUGGCAUCUGAUGGGGAGAUUGAGACAAAACUGAUCAAGGGUGAUGUUUUCAAGACCAGGGGAGGUGGACAGGCUGUUCAAUUCACUGAAAUAGAGACCCUGAAGCAAGAGUCACCAACAGGUCGCAAGCGGCGAUCCUCUCCCUCAAGCGCUCACCUGCCCGAGGAGGCCUCAGAGUCGGAAUGGACUGAUGUAGAAACACGAUGCUCAGUCGCAGUGGAGAUGAAGGCAGGUUCCCACCUUGGACCUGGCUAUCAACAUCACGCUCAGCCCAAACGCAGGAAACCAUGAAGCUUUGGGAUUUCUGCUGGGGCGGCUUAGUCAAAUAAAGUUUCAGGCUACAUAGCUGGCUAUGCUAGACAAUGACAAAAGGGAAAUUAAAUAAAAAGUGCCUCUCUUGACCCUCAUCUAUAUCAUGGCUUUGAGGAAGAUGGUGUCAUUUUAUUAUUAUAUGCAUUUCUCUGACUCCUUAUAAGAAGGUUCUUGCUCCCUUUUUCUUCUCAUACCUCAACACUUCUUUCCAUGCUGAUUUUUAAGGGAUGAUGUAUUAAACGUGUUGCUAUUUAUUUAGCUGUCAUCAUGCACUUUAGAAUCUCUGGGUAGUGUUUUGAAUUUUGCUUUUAGAAACAGCUGUCUUCUGAGUUUCCAUUAAAACUGCAGUGCUUUCCCCAGGAAUGUUUGUAUACAGGAGACAGCUGGACAGUAGACAGGAAAUUUUACAACUUUGUUUCCUGCCAUAUAGUUGGAGUAAUAGGUAACGUUCCUUGCUAUACAGAAUUUUAGUGUAUCAGAUGAUUAGACAACUAUGUAGUAACAGGUCUAUAGCUGUUGUGAUUUCUUCAACUGAAUUUGCAAAUAAAAAAUUCAUUC